AGAUGCACAAUUCAAACAGGAAGAGGAGGUUCUGACCUACAUCAAGUCUCAGUUGUACUUCUGAUGUGCAGACAGUCAGCAGCGAGACAUCAUGGAGGUCACAGCUCUCUGCGUCAGACUGUGGAUGGACGUGUUGGUGCUGCUGCUUGCACAAGUUAACCACAGUUACUUUGCUCAGAGAGCUGGUGCAGCGUUUCCUCGUGUUCGUCCAGACAGACUGCAGUUCUUUGAGUAUGAGACACUCAGUGUAAACUGUGAGGAGUUCAGAGGGUUGACUGAAUGGAGAGUGAUGAGGAGGCUCAGCAGAAGAAGUCCAACAGAUUCUUACAACUGGAACUCAUCAGCACCAUCCAGCACCAUUGAGCCUACCUUCAAAACACACAGUGGAGAAUACUGGUGUGAAGAUAGAGACGGGAAGACAAGCAGUGCUCUCAACAUCACCAUCACUGAUGGUUCAGUGAUCCUGGAAGUUCCUGCCCGUCCUGUGGUGGAGGGAGACGAUGUGAUUCUUCACUGUAGAAAGAUGGAAACUCAAUCAAAACACUUCAAUGAAUUCUACAAAGAUGGCUCCAGACUCGGGUCCUGGUGUGAAAACAACAUGAUCAUCCAAAAUGUUUCCAAAUCUGAUGAAGGACUCUACAAGUGCAGUGUCAUUGGAGCUGGAGAAUCACCAGAGAGCUGGCUGACUGUUUUAAAUCGAACUAAAGCUCCGUUCAAAGAGCCUCAUCCCUCCUAUAAUCGCUCCCCCGAUCUGCCCUCCGUGCUGUGGUUUGUUGCCAGCGGUUUCUUUGUGGCUCUGCUGUGGUGGGUGAUGACACUGCUCCUCGGUAGGAAACUCGAAGAAUCUGACCUCUACAAAGAAGGUAUCAAGUUACCUUCACCAGACGAGAGUGUUUUCUAUUCCUCAGUCAUCUACAGGCCACCUGCAACUGAAGGACGGAGAAGAUGAUCUGUUUAAAGCUCUACUACAGAAUGAAUAAUUCAGAAUUUCAAGAUUAUGCAAACAUUCGCCACCAUUGCCCUUUAACUCCCAUGCGUAUGGACUAUUUACAAACUGACAAAUGCAGACUUGCUAGUUAGCGAGGGAGGAAGUUACACAGUCACAUUCAGUGAAGGUUUUAAGUUUCUUAUAUAUUUCCAAAGCUGUUAAAAUGCUUUAAAAAAAAAAACCCAUAAAAAAGCAAAGUAUGCUAUUUUUCCAGAUUUUAAAUGAAUUACAAGAAACAGUUGGUUUUCUUUCCAUUAUCACAAGACAUACUUGUUAAGUAUAACAAAUGUAGUUAUUCUAAGCUGAACCUUGAUCAUUUUUUCUAAAUGUAACCAAGUAGUUUUGUUGUCUAAAGCCUAAACCACAGCGUCACUGUAUGGCACAUAGGAACAGGUAUUGGAAGAGUUUAGAGUUUGUGCAGGACUUUGACACUGCAUGGUCUAGAAACCAUUUUGAUAGCAGAAAAUGUGUCAGCUCCUUAAAGUUGAGUUUCAGGGACAGAUUCUCAAAGGCAAAGAAUAAGAUCACAGAAUUCACUGGAAAGGAGGAGGUGUAACUUCUACACUUUCAGAGGAUGGUUAACACAAUGUGGGGAAAAAAGAAAGAAAUUGCAGAUUAACAUGUACUCGUUCUGUCUUAGCUUUUUAAAUUCUAUCAACUUGCUUUUUAAUGGCUGUUUUUAAUUGUAUUAAAUGUCCCUUAAUAUUGUGUCUUUUGCACGUUGUCUCCAUGUUUUGUGUCGAGCACUUUGAGUCGGCUUGUUGUUGAAAUGUAAAAUAAACCUGCCUUGCACUUCCAUCCACGACUGUUAUGAGAAUGAUAAGAGUUGGUAAAUGGAGAUAAACAGUUGGUGUUAGUAAUUCUGCAGUUAUCUGCCAUUAAAUCAUUGCAGGAGAAGAGUUUAGCAAGGGAUAACAUAAU